AUGGAGCCACGCUGCCGGCUGGAUCGCCUGCCGGGGAAGGGAGGGGGCGUUGCAAUUAGCUCGCAAAGUCCUUCUGGAGUUGGGGCACGAACGGUGGCAGAGAGACAGCUGCCCAGGUUCUGGAGUCGCAGCCGGACCGCGCCGGGGAGGCGGAAGAAGGCUGCCUCGCCCCUACAGCGGGCUCCGCCGGGGAACACCGCCCCCUCCCUCCCCUCCGAGGUCACGCCUGAGGAGGUGCCGUCCCGCCCCUCUCCCGGCACCGGCAGCCGCGGAAGGGACGCGGUUCCCGGGCGGUGCCGGCUCCACCCGCGGCCCCGCCCGCGGCCCCUCCCGGUGCCCGCCCCGUCCCCUGAGUGCGGGGAGGGCUCGGGCGCCGCCGCGCCGGCCCCGCCGCCGGGCUCGGGCAGCAGCUCCAGCGGCUCUUCCUCGUCGUCGUCGUCCUCGUCCGCGUCGUCGUCGGCGGCGUCGAGCCCGGCGGCGGAGAGCCCCGAAGCGGCGGGGCCGGGCGCGGCGAGCGGGGCGUUCCGCGAGCUGCUGGAGGCCUGCAGGAAUGGGGACGUGACGCGCGUGAAGCGCCUGGUGGACACGGGCAACGUGAACGCCAAGGACAUGGCGGGGCGCAAGUCCACGCCGCUGCACUUCGCCGCCGGUUUUGGAAGGAAGGAUGUUGUAGAGCACUUGCUGCAGACAGGAGCCAACGUUCAUGCUCGCGACGACGGAGGGCUGAUACCCCUGCACAACGCCUGCUCCUUUGGCCACGCAGAAGUGGUCAGUCUGCUGCUGUGUCAGGGGGCAGACCCCAAUGCUAGGGACAACUGGAACUACACUCCUUUGCAUGAGGCUGCUAUCAAGGGGAAAAUAGAUGUGUGUAUUGUGCUGCUGCAGCACGGAGCUGAUCCAAACAUUCGGAACACCGAUGGGAAAUCUGCACUGGAUCUGGCAGACCCUUCAGCAAAAGCUGUACUCACGGGUGAAUACAAGAAGGACGAACUCCUGGAAGCUGCUAGGAGUGGUAAUGAAGAAAAGCUGAUGGCUUUAUUGACUCCUUUAAAUGUGAACUGCCAUGCAAGUGAUGGGCGUAAGUCCACUCCUUUACACUUAGCAGCUGGCUACAACAGGGUUCGGAUAGUCCAGCUUCUGCUUCAGCAUGGUGCAGAUGUACACGCAAAGGACAAAGGUGGUCUUGUGCCUCUUCAUAAUGCAUGUUCCUAUGGACACUAUGAGGUUACAGAGCUGCUGCUUAAGCAUGGUGCCUGUGUGAAUGCUAUGGACCUGUGGCAGUUCACCCCGCUGCACGAGGCUGCUUCCAAGAACCGUGUGGAGGUCUGCUCCCUCCUGCUGAGCCACGGCGCCGAUCCCACCUUGGUCAACUGCCACGGCAAGAGUGCGGUUGACAUGGCUCCAACGCCUGAGCUCAGGGAGAGACUGACCUAUGAAUUCAAAGGACACUCUCUACUGCAAGCAGCCAGGGAGGCAGACCUAGCCAAAGUGAAAAAGACACUUGCUUUGGAGAUCAUUAAUUUUAAGCAGCCACAGUCGCAUGAGACUGCACUGCACUGUGCUGUUGCCGCUGUGCACCCGAAGAGGAAACAAGUUACAGAACUAUUGCUCAGGAAAGGAGCAAAUGUAAACGAGAAAAACAAAGAUUUCAUGACACCUUUACAUGUUGCAGCUGAAAAAGCCCAUAAUGAUGUCAUGGAAGUUCUGCAUAAACAUGGAGCAAAGAUGAAUGCACUGGACACACUUGGUCAAACAGCGUUGCACAGGGCUGCGUUAGCAGGGCACCUGCAAACCUGCCGGUUGUUGCUGAGUUACGGCUCUGAUCCCUCCAUCAUCUCUUUGCAAGGCUUCACAGCAGCACAGAUGGGAAAUGAAGCAGUGCAACAGAUCUUAAGUGAAAGUACACCUGUGCGCACAUCCGAUGUGGAUUAUCGGUUGUUAGAAGCAUCCAAAGCUGGAGACUUGGAAACUGUGAAGCAACUUUGCAGCCCUCAGAAUGUGAAUUGCAGAGAUCUGGAAGGCCGUCAUUCAACACCACUGCACUUUGCUGCAGGAUAUAACCGUGUAUCAGUGGUGGAGUAUCUCUUGCACCAUGGAGCAGAUGUGCAUGCCAAAGAUAAAGGUGGCUUAGUACCCCUGCACAAUGCCUGUUCGUAUGGACACUACGAAGUGGCUGAACUCCUAGUGAGGCACGGUGCUUCUGUCAACGUGGCAGACCUGUGGAAAUUCACUCCUCUACAUGAAGCAGCAGCAAAAGGAAAAUAUGAAAUCUGCAAACUGCUUUUAAAACAUGGAGCCGAUCCAACAAAAAAGAAUCGAGAUGGGAACACUCCUUUGGAUUUGGUGAAAGAAGGGGACACAGAUAUCCAGGACUUACUGCGAGGAGAUGCUGCCUUGCUGGAUGCUGCCAAGAAGGGGUGCCUGGCACGAGUGCAGAAGCUGUGUACUCAAGAAAAUAUCAAUUGCAGAGACACCCAGGGAAGAAAUUCAACACCACUGCAUCUUGCAGCUGGUUACAACAAUUUGGAAGUAGCUGAAUACCUUCUUGAGCAUGGUGCAGAUGUUAAUGCCCAGGACAAAGGAGGAUUAAUUCCCCUACACAAUGCAGCAUCCUAUGGGCAUGUGGACAUAGCAGCACUGUUGAUCAAAUAUAAUACAUGUGUAAAUGCAACAGAUAAGUGGGCGUUCACACCUUUGCAUGAAGCUGCACAAAAAGGAAGGACACAGCUCUGUGCUCUGCUGUUAGCUCAUGGAGCAGAUCCUACCAUGAAGAACCAAGAGGGUCAGACACCACUAGACCUGGCAACAGCUGACGAUAUCCGAGCUUUGCUGAUAGACGCGAUGCCUCCAGAAGCUCUGCCUACGUGCUUCAAGCCUCAAGCCACUGUUGUUAGUGCCUCUGUGAUCUCGCCAGCAUCUACACCGUCCUGCCUCUCUGCUGCCAGCAGCAUAGAUAACCUCACGGGGCCACUGGCAGAACUGGCCGUAGGAGGGGCAUCAAAUGCUGGGGAUGGAGCUGCAGGAACUGACAGGAAGGAAGGAGAAGUUUCUGGUCUUGAUAUGAACAUUACCCAGUUCCUAAAAAGCCUGGGUCUUGAACACCUUCGGGACAUCUUUGAGACAGAGCAGAUAACCCUGGAUGUGUUGGCCGACAUGGGGCAUGAGGAACUGAAAGAAAUUGGGAUCAAUGCAUAUGGACAUCGCCACAAAUUAAUAAAGGGUGUGGAGAGACUUCUAGGAGGUCAGCAAGGUACCAAUCCUUAUUUGACUUUCCACUGUGUGAGUCAGGGGACCAUUCUCCUUGACCUUGCUCCUGACGAUAAGGAGUAUCAGUCUGUAGAAGAGGAGAUGCAAAGUACAAUCCGGGAGCAUCGGGAUGGUGGAAAUGCUGGUGGGAUCUUCAACAGAUACAAUGUCAUCAGGAUUCAGAAGGUAGUGAACAAGAAGUUGCGGGAGAGAUUCUGUCACAGACAGAAGGAGGUCUCAGAGGAGAAUCAUAAUCAUCACAACGAGCGCAUGUUGUUUCACGGGUCUCCUUUUAUUAAUGCUAUCAUUCACAAAGGAUUUGAUGAAAGGCAUGCAUACAUUGGAGGAAUGUUUGGAGCUGGAAUUUACUUUGCUGAGAACUCCUCAAAAAGCAACCAAUAUGUGUACGGAAUAGGGGGAGGAACCGGCUGUCCCACACACAAAGACAGGUCCUGUUACAUCUGCCACAGACAAAUGCUCUUCUGUAGAGUGACCCUUGGCAAAUCCUUCCUUCAGUUCAGCACGAUGAAGAUGGCUCACGCCCCUCCCGGGCACCAUUCUGUUAUCGGCAGGCCGAGCGUGAACGGACUGGCGUACGCCGAGUAUGUGAUCUACAGAGGGGAGCAGGCAUACCCAGAAUAUCUCAUUACGUACCAGAUUGUGAAACCAGAGGCUCCCUCACAGACAGCAACAGCAGCAGAACAAAAGACCUAGUAGCUUCAGAGCAGUGGAGAAGGAUGUGACUUCAAUCUUGGACUGGAUGGAUACAUGUUUCAGAAAAUCAGUACCACAUAAAAUUCUUAACAACCUGGAAAUAAGCUGUAUGUCUUUUAUAAAGUAUUGCUGUCUUGAUGAAUAUGAUAAUGAGUAACUCUUGCAUACUCAACUGCUACUGUUCCUCUUGAGGAAAGUUUACAAGGGACUGCCUUUUAAUAACAUAUCUCAGGCUCCUAGUCUCUGCAGAUACCAUGUGUAAAAUAAUAUUGUUUUGAUCUAGACCUUGGGAACAUUAUUGUGCAAAUGGAAAUCUUUAUUGCUGCCAUCUCACAUGUUAAAAUUUCAGACACUACUUUUCUAGUUAUUUUAUUUGCAGAUAAAUUACAUUAAGCCCAUCAUUUUCUUUUCAGCAUACACCAUUCAUUUCCUGUUUUCAAGAGAUCCUAUUUAUUCUCCUUUUGUAUUCUGAAGUUGAGCCAGAACUUUCUUGAAGAUAUUUUGCACAAAGUCAAGUCGACUGAAAUCAUUAACAAUGCAAUAUGAAUUUCAUCUGAGGAGGGGCUAGGUCAAGUUAGUCAAUAUAGGGGUUUUUUGCACACCUCUGAGCAAACGAUAACACGAAUGAGUGGAACUUUAGAGUGGAAACACACGAUGUCAGUUUGCUGCCUUGUCUGUGUGAGUUUUCUGGGGGAAGCCCUGGGAAGUGUUUGCAAGGGUAAAACCAGCUCUUGUGCUUAGAAGAACUUCAUGAAACAGGUCCAUGCCCUCUGCUGGCAUCUCUAAAAGAACAUUUUAUAAGACUCCUGUUAAGUACAGUGCAGCCUUUGAAAUGUUCUCCAGUUACAGCAGGGUAUGGUUUUGCUGGGAGAAGCAGGUAAAAAGUCAGAAGAUUUCAUACAGGAGGGUGUAUCUGGUUCAUGUUCCUCUGUAAGAUGAGACCCAGUGAAUGGGUUUCAGGCUGGUAAGGGAGAGUGUAUUACAGCAGUUUCCUGUCACAUCUUUGUGUGUGACAUCACAGUUGAAGAGCUUAAGGGAUUUACAAAAGUAAUAAUUUUUUAAAAUAUCAAUUUUACAUUUUGAUGAGAACAAAAUUUUAAAGUAUCAGUUGGCAAGCAGAUUUGUUUGCAGGUAUACCAGAGAACAAAGUUAGGAUUUAUUCACUUAAUGCCCUUCCUCCUAAAUUCCCAGGUUUAUUUUGCUGGGUAGGAGAAAGUUAUUUUUAAGCAUUGCAUAGCACAGCAUCAAACAGUUUCAAAAGUCCCUCUAAUGGUGGAUAUAUAUUUAACAAAAGUAGAAACUGUUUCUUUUUAGUGGUGUUUUACAGUUUCAGAGAAGGUUGAAGAUCAAGACCUGUUCAUUUUUUUCCUAACAACCAAUACCAGGAGAUGUGCUUCAGUGUUGACCACAUGACCUCUGGAGGAAAAAAAUGUUCCUUUGGACACAACAUGUGGUACAUCAACCAGCACUAUUUAGUAUCUGAUGAUCCAGUUCAUGCAUUCAGUUUUUAUCCCCCUUAAAGCAAGAAAGCAACAUGAUAGUGUGCUCUUAGUUCAUAAAAAUACACGUGCUCCCCACAAGUGGGAUUUUGCUAACAUGUUUGUAUAAAACAGACUUAAUCCUGAAGAGCAUUUCACUUUCAGCAUUAAGACACAACAUUUUUAUUUUUAAUGUUAAGGCAUUAAUGUUGAAGCAAGUCAUCCUCACAAGAAAUAUCACCCACUGUAAAAUCAGUCAUUUGAUGCAGUAUGGCUACCUGAACAUCAUCUGUUUCUAAUAUCUCUAAAUGAAACCUUAGAAAUAGCAAUACUCCAACAGAACUUGAACUCUUACUUUUCUUGAGCUGACAGUGGAUAUAUGGUUCUCGCUUCAUUUUGUGACCUGAUUAAAUAUGUAGCUUUGAAGUCCCAGCCAGGCUCUAGCCUAGUUGUCCUUUUAAACAAGUUUCAUUGAUAAAAUUGGGUGCUUGUAUUUUGGCUACUUGUUUCAUAGUGUUAGAGGAUUGCAAAGAUCACCACUAGGCUUUGAAGCUUUGUAUUCACCAUUUAAGUUUGGGGUUUGUUUUUCAUUUAGUUAAUAACAGAGUGAGGGGAUGUGCCUAUCUGCUCUAGGGUUUCAGAUAGCAACCAGAGCGAGUGCUGCUCUCCAUCCCCAAUUAGACAUAGUUUAAAUGGUGAAACAGCUGUGCUGCUUAGGUGAGCAAAAUGGUUAAUGUGGGCGUGAAAGUUAAAAGCUUUACAUCUUGCAAAAACAAGAACAAAUCUAAAAAGGAAAACCCCAGCGAGCCCACACCGGAUGCUGUUCUUGCUUGUUGUUUCCGAUGUGCUGGUUGAACUAAUGGCUAGUCUGGAUUCCUUUUGCAGACUGAAACUUCUAGAGGAUAAAAAUAGCCUGGAGGAGACUGAGGGGGAGACCUCAUUGGGGUUUCAACAUCCUCACGAGAGGAAGUGGAUGGGCAGGUACCAAUAUCUUUGCUCCCAUGACCAGUAACAAGACUGGAGGAAACAGCAUGAAGCUGAGUCAGGGGAGAUUUAGGUUGGAUAUUAGGAAAAAGGAUUUUCACCCAGAGGGACCCCAGGGAAGUGGUCACAGCACCAAGCCUGAUAGAGUUCAAGAAGCUUUUGGACCACAC